CAUGCUUCUUUCUCACUUAACCCUAGCUAGCUAAAACAAGAAAACCUAGUUUUCUCUUCAUCUCGUCUGUUUUACUCUGAUCACCUGUACGUACUUUUUUUAUGGUAUCAUUUAAUGGGUUUUCUUUAGUUAAGUAGUUUGCUUCGAUAUCAGUUUUGUUUUUGGGUUUCCAGAUCUAAGUAAAAAGCUAGCUGCUGUAUAUAUUCUUUCUUUCUGUUUUUGAGUAAGAGUUAGAGCUAAAAUAGGUACGAUAAUGGAAGAGAGAAGUGAGAAUGGUGAUAAAAUAGAGGAAAUCAUGUUGCCAGGUUUUCGGUUUCAUCCCACCGACGAGGAGCUUGUUGGGUUUUACUUAAAGAGGAAGAUACAACAAAGGCCACUCUCCAUUGAACUCAUCAAGCAAUUAGAUAUCUAUAAACAUGAUCCCUGGGAUCUUCCGAAGUUGGCUAUGACGGGAGAGAAAGAAUGGUACUUCUACUGUCCGAGGGACAGGAAAUAUCGUAACAGUGCUCGGCCAAACCGUGUGACAGGAGCUGGAUUCUGGAAAGCCACAGGUACAGACCGGCCGAUCUAUGCCUCUGAGGGUUCAAAAUGUAUCGGUUUGAAGAAGUCACUUGUGUUCUAUAAAGGGAGAGCUGCAAAGGGUAUCAAAACCGACUGGAUGAUGCAUGAGUUCCGGUUGCCUUCCCUUACCGAUCAUACUGCUCCGAACAAACGUUUUCUUGAGAAAACCAUUCCUGCCAAUGACUCAUGGGCAAUCUGCAGAAUAUUCAAGAAAGCAAGCUCGACUGCACAAAGAACCCUCUCUCAUUCAUGGGUAUCUCCAAUCUUGCAAGAAACACCUUCUGACUGCAACAUCCUUACUCAACAUGGCAUUUCUAGCAAUGACUUACAACAUUCAUCCAUCACCAACUUCUCUCCUAACCAUACCGGAAGUAACAACAUGUCUCUUUACAAACCCUUUAAUAUUAACCCAACACCCCCUACACUUACAACGACCACCAACAAACACCCACAAAAUUCCAUUUCUAGCAGUGAGCACCUAAAUUAUGCAACAAGUUAUCCCUUUUUGUUCCAAGAACCUAAUUACGGUUCUAAGUCAUCAACAAUCGAUGCAUCAUCUUUGCUAGUUAACAUACCUAAUCCGAUAUUUGGAGAUUUUGAUAAACCAGAGGGUUUGGACUACAUCACUAAUGGGUUGCACCAUGACCAUCAACAAUGUUACAUAAAUGGCGGUUGCUUCUCAAUUACUACUUUACCAGUGGAAAUGGAAGAAAACUCUGUCCACGGUGUUCAAGAUCAAGAAGGAAGGGGUGGCUUGAUAAUGAUGAAGGGUGCCACUGAGAGUGUAAUCAAUACGCAUUUCGAGGACCAAUGGGGGAGAUCAUCUAGUGGAGGGUACCCUUUCAUAAGUUUGCCACUAGGUUUGCAAGAUGCAUGGAAAUCUAGUUUUCUGUGUGAUUCUUCUAGUGAGAUUUCAAGUGGUUUUUCUACUAGUAACAAGUGCUAUAUAUAACUAAUUAGUUAGUGACUAGUUGAUCAAGGGUUUGACAUAGAAUAGAAGCACUUUUUAGCUUGUUCUAUUUCUUCUUGCAGUUCAGAUUUCGAAGUUUUGUUUUAAUCAAUUAAUUACGUUCAUGUACUCUAGGAACUUUUUGAAGUUUAUCCAAUAUAUAAUAGUAGCGUUUGAUA